GCAUGCGCUUCAGGCACUACGGCCCAAAGGCGUUGGUGGUGAUCGGUGUCCGUCCGAAGAUGCGUUACGCUCCGGCAGCAUCAGUACCAGCUCCGCCGUGCUAACACGCAACUAACCGGGGGACGGAGGGGGAAUACGGUCGGUGUUUGCGGCUGUAGCGGCGCCGGUGCCUCCGGACGGGAGGAUGGGAGACCAGAAGGAGUCUCUGCGCAAGAUCACUCACACGCUGGCCGUGAAGAAUGAGGAGAUCUCCAACUUCGUCUGCACUCUCAAGCAGAGCCUGGAGAACUUGGAGGCCAACUCCAGCCGGGUGCAGGACGACCUGGAGUCGGAGUUCAGCUCCUUGCACGCCGUUCUGGACGAGAUGAAGGAGAACAUGUCGACACGGAUCAAGCAGGAGAGAGCCAGUCGCACCUACGAGCUGCAGAAUCAGCUGAGCGCCUGCUCCAAGGCCCUGGAGAGCUCGGAGGAGCUGCUGGAGCUGGCCAAUCAGACGCUGUGCUCCUCGGAGACGGACGGUUUCACUCAGGCGGCCAAAGACAUUAAGGAUAGCGUGACGAUGGCCCCGGCCUUCCGCCUCUCCCUGAAGGCGAAGGCCAGCGACAACAUGAGCCAUCUCAUGGUGGACUUCAGCCAGGAGAGGGAGAUGCUGCAGGGUCUCAGGUUUCUCCCAGUUCCUGCUACUCCAGAGAUCCAGGUGUCGGAGUGCCAGGUGUGCGACAACACCAUCACCGUCGUUUGGACCUUACCGGAACCCGACAACAAGAUCGAGCACUACAUCCUGGAACACCGCCGCACGAACCACGAGGGCCCGCCGCGAAUCCGGGAGGACUACCCCUGGAUGGUGGUGGAGGGGAUCCGAGAGACGGAGCACACGCUCACAGGCCUGCGUUUUGACACCCGCUACGUCACGUUCAGAGUGAGGGCGUGCAACAAGGCCGUGGCCGGGGAGUUCUCUGAGCCUGUCACACUAGAAACCCACGCCUUCACCUUCAAACUGGACUCGGCUUCAUCGCACCAGAACCUGAAGGUGGAGGACCUGAGCGUGGAGUGGGACAGCAGCGGGGGGAAGGUGCAGGACAUCCGCAAAGAGAAGAACCGGACCAACUCCCCCUUGCACUCCCCCGCUAGGUUUGCGUCGGCCCUGAUGUCUCCCAAGAGGGCGCCGACGGCGCGGCCGGGCAGAGACAGGUUUACGGCGGAGUCCUACACCGUGCUGGCCGACACCAUGAUCGACGCGGGCCAGCAGUACUGGGAGGUGAAGUUCGACAAGGAGAGCAAGGCGUUCGCCGUCGGGGUGGCCCUGCGCAGCCUCGGCCGCUUCGACCAGCUGGGGAAGAGCGGCGCCUCCUGGUGCAUCCACCUCAACAACUGGCUGCAGCAGAGCCUCACCGCCAAGCACAACAACAAGGCCCGCACCCUCGACUGCCCCAUCCCCAGCAGCAUAGGAGUCUACGUCAACUACGACGAAGGAGUCCUGUCCUUCUACAACGCUAAAACCAAGCAGCUGAUGCACACCUUCAGGACAAAGUUCCAGCAGCCCGUCAUCCCCGCUUUCAUGGUGUGGAACGGGAGUUUCUCGGUGGUGACGGGCCUGCAGGUCCCCAGUGUGGUGCAGAGCGGCCAGAGGAAGAACAGCGGCACCAGCAGCUCCAACGCCAGCCUCACCUAGACGCGGGCCGCCCCGUCCGUCUGGAGCCAUCCGCCCCGGCUUCAGAUACGGCCUCCGGCGCCGUCCUCUGGCGCACAGCAGACCAGCCGCGUCGCUCAAGUCUAGGUCAUUUCUGCGCUGCACGACACCGGGUACCGGUUCUGGGAGCAAACAGGCGAUCCACUCGCUCCGCCACAGAAUCGGCUGGCUGUCGUGACGCUUCGGACACAUUCGGCUCUAGUUUUGAAGUAGUCAAAAGUCUCGCCGCACCUUCACUCAGCACUCUCCCACUCUUGUUAGAGCGACAUUGUUUUUUUUUUUUUGUUUGUUUUAGCGCUGGCCGCUGCCUCCUCGGCUUCACCUGAACGGCGCGCCGUGCCAGCUGCGGGUUCAGAGUCGUGCUCUGUGUUCGUCCGUGCCUUUCCUUCUCAGGCCAAACCAAAACUCUGCAGCUCCUCCGUCCGACGGCUGCUGCAAGAGACGCUCUCGUUUCGUUUUAAAGUCCCGUUUCUGUGUCGCCUUCAGCGCGACGCGGGUUACAUCAUCGUUUGUUCGUCGGUAAACCAGUGACCUAAAUACCAUCCGGCAAUUAGACUGAACCCACAGCAGCUCAGCACUAACUAAACUAGCCUAUUUAGUCGUUAACCCUGACGAGAUGUUUGAUUCCUUGCCAAGGGAUGUUGCUCAACAGUGUUUUACUGCGUUACCAUUUGCAGUCAGUUGUUAUUUAACCUAGGUCUUGAGCUUCCUGUUAAAACUUUCCGCCUCUUCUACUAAGGCCAGGGUUGACUGAGUGCGGCCCUAAGCUUCUGUGUGUCUGCCCGUCUAAUGUCUCUGCUUUAUUUGCUGUAGAGAGUCCCUUCUACACUCGUACGCCGUCAGUGGCUCAAAACUUAGUCUGUAGCUCCUGCUGACAAGAUGUAAACAGCGCUGCUGGUAAGGCUGUGUGAAAAGCCUAUGACUUAGUUCAUCUUUCAUGGCAGUAUAUAAUAAACUCACACUGAAAAUGCUCCGUUCCCCUUCUGUUACGUUGUAAACCCUGCUUUUGCCGCUUAGUCUUCUAUAACAUUUCACCCACACACACACAGGGAGGGAUUUCUGUAGAUCAGGGGUCUCAAACUCCAGUUCCUGGGGUCCUGCAACUCUUUAAUAAUGUAUCUGCUUCAACACAGCUGAACCAAGUGAUUAGAUCACCAGCAAGGCUAUUGCUGGGGAUUUUAAUCGGAUAUUUGGUUAAAGGUGCAACGGACACAUCUGACCCUUAAGACCCCCGUGAAGGAGGACUGGAGUGUGAAACCCCUGCUCUGGUUCAUCAUGACGGAUCACACCACCGUCCCCAACACUGGGCAUGAGGUGCUUUCCCACAUAUCUGUCCCUUUUUGUUUUAUCCCGCAACCAGCUGGAGUGUCUGUUGCUGAAAAACCUGAACCUUGCUCUCAUUUGACCAAAGCACCCAGAACACUUGAGCCUGACGUCUUUAUGUUGCCGAUGGGAAUACGGAGUUUUUUUUUCUUUUGUUGUCAGGCUUAACUCAGCCGAUUGGUAUGCAGAUAACUUCUAACAGGUGUUAUGGAGACUUGGCUGCAGUCCUUAAGGAGAGACGUUUUGGAGACGUUUUACCUCCCUUAUGUCCCGCGCUGCGUGUGGUGGGUCCUCACCCAGCCUUGUCGCGGGUCCAGUUUUAAACGUAUUAAUCACGCUUGACUGUCCGUGUGCGCAAGUAGCUUUUUUUUUUCCCUAGACUCUCAAAGACUAGCACGUAUGUACCUCACUUGAACGGCAUGUGCUCUCAUCUUUCCUAUUUUGAAGAGCGGCUAAGAGAAAUGGGUCUCGGUUAAUAGUCGUGGCGUCUGGGAAUAAUAUGACACGAAAAAUACUCAAAUUAAGGGGGUGGGUGUCCAAACAAACAUGCAGGGUGCUGAAACGAGGGCGGUAGGUGUUGGGGCACGCUCGGGUAAAAAAAAAAGUGAAUCGUAAGCAACGGGAACGUCGUAUAUUCGGCUCUGUAUGUGUGCACCGCUCGGUAACAUCAGCGUUAUGCGUUUCAGCUGCUCAGUGUUGUUCUAGAGCUGCAUCUCUCCCUCCAUUAUGCGUUUCCUGAUUAAACGUAGCCUGCUGUGCUUUGAAGAAAAAACUCGUCCAGUCAAGAGGUAUUUACACUUUAUUUCACCUGCUGACAGAAUGUCACAGUUUUAUUGUAUAUAUAGUUUCAUUUUUCCACUACAGUGUAUCGGUAAUCGCGGUAAUAAAGGAGUGAGAACACUUGG